CAGGAUUUGUAGUUGUUCCCCAAACUCUACUUGCUGUCUUUUUUUCCAUUCUUCCAGCACUUUCAUAUGCUCCUCAGUAAAAAAUAACAACUGUUGCUAUAUUUGUUGCAUUGACCAGAUGAGAAGCUUGAAGCAAAAAGUGGAGCAUGCCAAAAAACUCGAAGAGUUUUUCACCACAAAAGGCCAAAAGCGAGUCAUGAAAGACCUGAUGAAGAAGGAGAAAGAAAAACGGGAAGAGCGCAAAAAGAAGCUUGGAACAAAAUUGCAACAUUAUGAGAGUCUAAUGAACGAAAUAUUGGAUUUUUCCCAACAUGCUGAAAUCAAGGACAUCGCCCGGAAGUACUACAACCGGGAGGCCCAGAACUUUAGCGCAUUUAAAUUCAUCGCAGACACGAUCAACAACAUGGAAAUGAUCAACGACCAGCUUGGUCUUUUGCACUUGGAGAUCGAUGAGUUGAAAGCAGUGCACGAUCUGAGGGCGGAAACCCAGCACGAGACAAUCGAUAAUUUGGAAACAGACCUGGUUCAGGCGAGUGAAGAGACGAAAAACGCACAACAAGACUUGGAAGAUUUAAACUUGCAUUUAAAAUCCGUGAUGCAAGGAGUCACCGAACUGUUCAGAAUGUGCAAAUGUGACAAAGACCCGCUUUUGAAGCUUUUGGGUGACAAUGCCACCAUUCACGAAUACAACGUUUUGCUUUUUCUACAACUUUUGGAGAAAACGAUUCAAAUCUAUCUCAUCACAGCUGGUUACAAGGAUAAAGUUCAGGCUGAGAAACGGUCAUCAGGGAAGACGAAAAUUUUGGCUACGGUUGACACCACCACGUUUAUUUACCCAAUUGAGAGGAUUGUGAGAGCGGAUCCUUGCUCAUUAUGUAUUGAGCAUGAGAUGGUUUCGGAUGUUAUCGAUGUUGUACAACGUCCUUGGAGUAGGAAAGAAGCCAAAGAAAUGCUUCAACAACGGUUGGACUUGCCAGGUGCUUCAACCAAAUUGCACACAGUUUCCAAGUGCUUUUUACCGCAAGCUCGACACAUCAAGCAAAAGAAAUACUGUUAGCCGGAUUGACAAUUGUAGAUUCCAAGUUGUUUAAGAAUAAAGAAAA